GGUCCUGCAUAAUUGGGCAUCUGGGCCGCCGGGCCCGCCCCGUCCCGGGAGUGGGAGUUUGCGCCCGACUUUGUUUAUGGGACAGUCCGGGAGCCGCGGCCGCCGCGCUCGUCGCCUGCGUCUCGUCCUGGGUCCCCGCGCGAGCGCCGGACGCGGGCCCGGGGGCAUGUGAGAGGCCGAGCCCCUCGGCUGCCAGGCACCCCUCGGCGUCGGGCGCGGCCCCCGGGCGCGGCCCCCCCAGCCCCGCCGGCCGCCCGCGGCCUCCGCGCGCCCCCGCAGCGCCAGCCCGGCCCGACGUCCUCGUCCCGCGGCGCCCGGCCCCGGCCCGGUCCCGCCGCGCGCCCAGAAGAUGAAUCCCGCCUCGGCCCCGCCGCCGCCGCCGCCGCCGCCCGGGCAGCAGGUGAUCCACGUCACGCAGGACCUGGACACGGACCUGGAGGCGCUGUUCAACUCGGUCAUGAACCCCAAGCCCAGCUCGUGGCGGAAGAAGAUCCUGCCCGAGUCCUUCUUCCAGGAGCCCGACUCGGGCUCGCACUCGCGCCAGUCCAGCACCGACUCGUCCGGCGGCGGCCCGGGCCCGCGGCUGGCCGGCCCGGGCGCGCAGCACGUCCGCUCGCACUCGUCGCCCGCGUCGCUGCAGCUGGGCCCCGGCGCGGGCGCGGCGGGCAGCCCCGCGCAGCAGCACGCGCACCUCCGCCAGCAGUCCUACGACGUGACCGACGAGCUGCCGCUGCCCCCCGGCUGGGAGAUGACCUUCACGACCACCGGGCAGCGGUACUUCCUCAACCACAUAGAAAAAAUCACCACCUGGCAAGACCCCCGGAAGGCGAUGAAUCAGCCCCUGAACCACAUGAGUCUGCACCCGGCGGCCGCUUCCACCCCAACAGCCCCGAGGCCCAUGGCUGUGUCGCAGCCGAAUCUGGUGCUGAGCCACCAGCACCCGCAGCAGAUGGCCGCCAGCUCGCUGAACCCACAGAGCCACCCGCCGCAGAACCCGCCCACCGGGCUCCUGGCCAUGCCCAACGCGCUGACCACGCAGCAGCAGCAGCAGCAGAAGCUGCGGCUCCAGAGGAUCCAGAUGGAGCGUGAGAGGAUCCGGAUGCGCCAGGAGGAGCUCCUGAGGCAGGAGGCGGCUCUCUGCAGGCAGCUGCCCAUGGAGCCCGAGACGUUGGCCACAGUGCAGACCAUUGUCAGCCCUCCGGCCAUGACCCCCGACAUGAGAUCCAUCACCAACAACAGCUCCGAUCCUUUCCUCAACGGGGGUGCCUACCACUCUCGGGAGCAGAGCGCGGACAGCGGCCUGGGCCUGGGCUGCUACAGCGUGCCCGCCACCCCCGAGGACUUCCUCAGCAACGUGGACGAGAUGGACACAGGAGAAACCGCAGGCCAGACGGCCAUGAGCAUGAACCCACAGCAGAACCGCUUCCCUGACUUUCUUGACUGUCUCCCGGGCACGAACGUGGACCUCGGCACCCUGGAAUCCGAAGAUCUGAUCCCGCUCUUCAACGACGUGGAGUCGGCUCUGAACAAAAGCGAACCAUUUCUCACCUGGCUGUAAGCUGCGCCCGCUCCCUGGGCCAUGGGACCCACCUGGAGCAGAGCGGACCACCCCCCCCCCCUUGCCCCCCUGCCUCCUGCUCCUGCCUCUGCCCGCGGUGGCCCUGAGGGACAGUCUCUUCAGCUAAUCGUGAACAGACCUUGGUCUUCCCUUAGUCUGCAAACCCGUGCACCCAGGCUGGUGAGGCGCGGCUGGUCCAUCAAAGCCAUGUCCUGUUUAGCUCUCUGCACCCCCGGGAUUUAGCUUCCUGGAUCGUAGUGGAAUCGAUCAGAGCCCAGUUGGUCAGAACUCACCUGAUUCCCCAAGGGAGCGUGAGGGGCAGGGGCUCUGUCCAGGGAAUGAACAUGACCCUAGACCCACUGGUUAUCCAGAAGCUCUUGGUGACAGUUUAGUACCAAACGCUUUGAAACAUAUUGAACUUGAGCUUUUAAAAACCCAAGAAAACAAAGAACAAAACCUCUGUGCGGAUGGCGCGAUUCUGCUCUAGGGAAUGCAGUGUAGUUGAGGCCUGGGCGGCCGGCCGGUCCUGGUGAUGGUCGUUCUGUUUCUGCCCAGGCACACGGCGUUCUAUCAAGAUUUUUUUUUAAAUAA